CUGGCCUUGACGGAGGAGGGACAGCAUUCCAAUUUCCACAGUUUCUUUGUAUCCAGACAGAGCAGAGGAACGAGAAAGCACGCUGCUCUGACUCAGACUAACAGACACACCGAGGACUCCUCGUGGUUGAGCCCGGCCGGCAUCAGACCACACACCGGACCGACAAAGAGGACGAGAGUCGGCAAAGUGGGAAGCUUUGUGUACCCCGAGUGACGAACAAGAAAGAGGAAACUCAGCUAACGAUGUCAGGGUUGAAAAAGAGAAACUCAAAUUCCUCGGCAGACAGGGAGGAGGAGGACAAGCAGGUCACAGAAAGGAUGCUGUUCCCGGGCGGGGAGACGGGGGAUUCCAACAAGGGAGGAGCACCGGGAAGCGAGCUCAGCAGCCCUAACAACAAGGGAGGGGAGGAAGGGGUCGCCCUGAAGAGGACCAUCACCCUGUUGAACGGCGUGGCCAUCAUCGUGGGCACCAUCAUAGGCUCGGGCAUCUUCGUCACUCCAACCGGGGUGGUGAAGGAGACCGGCUCGGUGGGUCUGUCCCUGGUAGUGUGGUCGGUGUGCGGGGUGUUCUCCACGGUGGGAGCCCUCUGCUACGCGGAGCUGGGGACCACCAUCAGUAAGUCCGGCGGGGACUAUGCCUACAUCCUGGAGGUGUACGGCUCCCUGCCGGCUUUCCUCAAACUCUGGAUCGAGUUGCUCAUCAUCCGGCCGUCCUCGCAGUACAUCGUCGCCUACGUGUUCGCCACAUACCUCCUCAAGCCACUGUUCCCCGAGUGCCCGGUGCCGGAGAACGGGGCCAAGGUGGUGGCCUGCCUCUGCAUCCUCUUGCUGACCUUUGUGAACUGCUACAGUGUGAAGGCGGCCACCAGAGUGCAGGAUUUUUUUGCCGCAGCCAAACUCCUGGCACUUGGAAUGAUCAUCAUCAUCGGCUUCGUCAACAUUGGCCGAGGUGGCACAGACGGUCUUCUCCCAGAGAAUUCUUUCCAGGGGUCCAAAUAUGAGUUUGGCAGCAUCGGCCUGGCACUGUACAGCGGUCUGUUUGCUUACGGCGGCUGGAACUACUUGAACUUUGUCACUGAGGAGAUGAUUGAUCCUUACAAAAACCUUCCCCGCGCCAUCAUCAUCUCUCUGCCCAUCGUGACAGUCGUGUACGUUCUGACCAACCUGGCCUACUUCACCACCCUCUCCCCUGAGGAGAUGCUUGGCUCAGAGGCCGUGGCUGUGGAUUUUGGUAACAAACACCUGGGUCCGAUGGCAUGGAUCAUCCCGGUGUUUGUAGGUCUGUCUUGCUUUGGAUCUGUCAACGGCUCUCUGUUCACAUCAUCAAGGUUAUUCUUCGUGGGUUCCCGGGAGGGUCACCUUCCCAGUCUGCUGUCAAUGAUCCACCCCACCCUGCUGACCCCGAUGCCCUCACUUAUAUUCACUUGCUUGAUGACGCUGCUCUACGCCUUCUCCAACGACAUCUUCUCCGUAAUAAACUUCUUCAGCUUCUUCAACUGGCUCUGCAUCGCCAUGGCAAUCGUUGGGAUGAUGUGGCUCCGUUAUAAGAAGCCAGAGCUGGAGCGACCAAUCAAGGUGAAUAUCCUGCUGCCAGUGAGUUUCGUGCUCGCCUGCCUCUUCCUCAUCAUCGUCUCCUUCUGGAAGACUCCAGUGGAGUGUGCGAUCGGCUUCGGCAUCAUCGCCACUGGAAUUCCCGUCUACUUGAUUGGCGUGUGGUGGAAGAACAAACCCAAGUGGAUGCUGAAUGGAAUCUCCUCAACCACAGCCUUGUGUCAGAAGGUGAUGGAGGUGGUGCCUCAGGCGACCUAAAGGGCCCAAUACUCAACAGCCACUGGCCAAUCGGGUUGCUUCAACUGUGACCUCCGGGCUCUGACAUCACAGCUGAUGAAGCUUGACCUCUGUUGACCCCUUUCACCCCUCUGUCUGUGUGUCUCUCUCUGUGUGUGUCUCUCUCUCUCUCUCACACACACCCUGUCUGCAGGGUGCUGAUAAGGACCUGAUGGAGACAGAAACGCCUGAAGCUACCGUGUCUUUGCGGUCUUCAACUGUUAUUCUUUUCUUAUGUUGCUGACAUUUUUGGGUUGUUAUGCAAGUAUGGACUAUUUUUAGUCACUAACUAUCCUUUGUAGGUUGUUAUGCAUUGUUUUUUUUAAAGACGCAUUUCAAUUAAUUGUUUUUAUUUUACUGUUGUGUUUUUUGUGUGAAUAAGUUCAUGUAAAACAUCAUCCCUCAUCAGAAAACAGGUUUUAGCAAGUGUAACUUUCAGCUGUGGCAGUGUUGUCGGUGGCCUGCAAACGGCUGUAAACGGAGCUCUCAGAAGUCUAAAUACUUUGCAAUCUGGAGCUUCUUUUUUUAAAUCAUGCAAGCAUCCACUUUUUAUCCCCUUGAACCAACUCUUUGCUUUCAAGUAGAAGUUAGAGUUGUCGCUAAACAAGAUUAGUUUAGUCAGAUAUUCAUGAAGCUUUGUGUUGGAAACCUUUAGUCUUCUCACACUUUUACAGUCGUCUAUGGUGCUGUAGGAAGUGAGUGGUGUUGACUGAGGUUCUUGGUGUGUAAGAGAUGUUAUGUUUUCACAGUAGAAACAGUAUUUUGUCAGGCUAACUAAAUGCCUCAGAAAAGGUGGAAGAAUUAUAGAUAGAAAUCAAACAUUUCAGUUUUUGUUCAAAGCCUAUUUUCAUUGCACAUUUAUCUACAGCAAUACUAAGUAGACAUGUGCAAACUGUGUGCAGUAUACUGAUAUCUCCUCACAGGAUUUCUGGAUAUUGGAGAGUAAUUGCUGUUGAACUUUGCAUUGCGUUUUAAACCAUUAUGGUAAGAUUGACAGAGGUGCCAUAUACAGUAUGAGAAAUUGUAUUUUGACUUAUCCCUGAAAAGUAGGUCAAAAUUCAAAGUAAUGCUAUUUUCCUGCUGUUGGUUCUUUUUUGUGUCGGCGAUCUUAUUUUCACUUUGGGGAUCAAUAUCUGAGCGUACUGAGCCCGGCUCGCAGAGCGCCAUUAAGAGACUAUAUACUUUAAUAAAGCCAUGUAACUGUGCACACAGGUGAGAGCAGAGUGUUGUGGGUGUGUGUGUGUGUGUGUGUGUGUGUGUGUGUGUGUGUGGGGGGGGGGGGGGGGGUGUAUGUGUGUGGAGGUUGGAGGGGGGUUUCUGCAUUGUUGCUCAGUCAGUUUCUCGUAUGUUGUACUUCCUGACUAACAGACAUUUGUUAUAUUUGUGUGUGUGUGUGUGUGUGUGAGAUGGAGAAGAAAUUGGAAAGAGAUUUAUUUUCGGGGGGGCAGAAGGAGCAUGACCGUAUGAACGGCUAGUUUAUAUUUUUCAUUCAUUCAUAAGUUUUUACUUUUUUCACACACAGCAACAGUUGCAACAAGAAGAAGUUAGUGCUGUAUUAUUAACGUCGACCCUCCUCCUGGCAACGGACCAAAAGUGCACGUUACCGUGGCAGUGCUGUGUCCGUAGAGACCGUGUGACGGAUGCAGGAGGGGUAAUUGUGUAUGUUUUAGAGCUAGAACAUUUCUAACACUCCAGCCAUCGCACAAAGCAGAUGGGGCACUAACCUGAAUAGGACUAGAAUGUUUAUUUAUUUAUUUUUAGAAGACUUGUUGUUUAUUGUUAUUAGUCCCUCUAAUUUGUUUUCAGGGCAUUUUGUGGAAAGUGCUUUACAAAUAAAUCUUGAGGUUUUUUUCCA